AUGGUAGCUGCAAAAGAAAAGAAUGCGAAGAUAUGUGACAUAACAGAUUUGAUGGAGACGUUUGGGAAAUACCAGAUUAUCCAGUAUAUCCUACUAUGUCUGCCAGCGACAUUCAUUACAAUGAUUAGUAUCAACUAUGUCUUUGCAGUUGGAGACGUCAAUUACAGGUGUCGAAUCGAUAAAUGCGACGAUGCUAAUUCAACCGCAGAGUUCCCUAGUUGGUGGCCUGAUACAAAUAUAGACAGAUGUUCUAAGCCAGUGCUCAAAAUAGGGGAGGAUGUUUGUACCAAUCACAGCUUUACCGGGGAACUAAAAACGUGUGAUCACUGGAUUUACGAAAAUAACAACACUGUUAUUGCUGAGUUUGAUUUGGCCUGCCAGCCAUGGAAGUCAAACCUAGUUGGUACCAUCCACUGUAUGGGAAUGUUGAUAUCUAUGAUCAUAUCUGGAUGGAUGACGGAUAGGUUCGGUCGCAAGCCUACCCUGAUAUUUUGCGUGGUAGGAGGAACUAUUGGUAGUAUCAAAACCUUCGCUACCUCGUACUAUAUGUACGUAACUAUUGAGUUUUUAGAAGCAUCAGUUACUGGAGGAUCUUAUUCCGCUGCAAUGAUUAUAUUAUUAGAGAUUGUGGGCACGAAAUAUCGAGUUUUAUCAGGAGUAGUAUUUUCCUACGCUAUUUAUUUUGGCGAGAGUUUAUUCGCAUGUAUAGCGAUGUUUGUACCUUACUGGAAAACUCUCAUCCGCAUCAUUAAUGGCCCUUGCAUAUUCUUUAUAAUCCUCAUCUUCUUCGUCAAUGAAAGCCCUAGAUGGCAAAUCGUCAGUGGAAGGACGGAGAAAGCUAAAAAACUAAUGAAAAAAAUUGCCGAAGUUAAUAGAAUUAGUAUUAACAAUGAAGAAUUAGAAAAUAUUGAUGAAGUUAAACUAAAAGAAAAGUUUAAUAUUGCAAAUAGUGAAGUGAAAGAAAGUAUCACACACGCUUUUAAAUCUAAGGAAAUCAUGAAAAGAUUGUUAGUAGCGGGUGUAUCCAGAUUUACGUGUAGUUUCGUAUACUAUGGAAUGAUGAUAAACUCAGUGUUCCUACCAGGUGAUAAAUACAUAAACUUUUUACUCUCUACGGUGAUGUCUUUUCCAGGAGAGUUACUCUCCUUAUAUUUAAUGAACAAAAUAGGAAGAAAAAUUCCGUUGCUGGCUGGAUAUUCAAUAUGUGGUACAAUGUGCAUCAUUUCAGCUUUAAUACCAGAAGGAUACAAGUGGGUGAAGCUGGCGAUGUUUUUGAUUGGAAAAGUGAUAAUAUCGUCCUGUUUUACUGGCGCAAUCACUUACGCCAUGGAGUUAUUUCCAACUAGUGUGAGAGGUUCACUCCUAGGACUUGGAUCGUUUUGCUCUCGGAUAGGUGGAAUGCUGGCACCUCUUACGCCAAUUCUGAAUACAGUAUCAGAAGUUAUUCCAUUCGUAUUAUUUGGCUGCUCUUCAUUUAUAGCGGCUCUUCUUCUCACAUUGACUCCAGAGACCAAGGAUUUGCCGCUCUUCGACACUAUUAGGCAGGUCGAAAACCACGUUAAAUGUAAAAUGACCACGGAAAAGAAUGUAGUGACGGACUGUUCCAAUGACGAUGCAGUUAAAAAUAAUAAUGACGUUUAG